AUGUGGAGACUACUGGCCAGCCUUUGCCUGCUCCUGCCGGCCCUCGUGUCACCCCAGGAUCACCCUAGCUACCCACGUCCCCCGAUGUGGACCGAACAUGGCUAUAAUGUCGGCCCUUGUGGUCCCAGGGUUUGUGGCAACAAUGGGCACACUUAUCGCGAUUUUGAAAGCUUUUGCGCCCUCAACGAUUACAAUUUAAGGAUGAUUUUAAGCAGACAAAAAGAAUUCAAGCUGACUGACACCAUUUAUUGCCACCCACCGCCACCUCCGCCUUCGCCCAGGCCCAGCAAUGUGGGCUACUAUUACAAUAGCAACUACAGAAGCUUGCUGCUAUCCCAGUCACCCCUUUCGACCUACUCCUCGUACCGUCCCAGGCCCUGUAUUCAUCCCGAGCACACUCCUUACAUUGGACCCUACGGUGCUGUUCCGCCUCCAGAGCCUUAUCAACAACCGGAGAUUCCCAGCCUCGACUCAGUGCUGCCCUAUCCGUUUUGGACCUUCCAUCGACCUGCGCCGCCAACACGGCCGCCAGUUAGCUAUCGGCAACCGUACUGGUAUUAUCCGACAAGAGGUCCGCCACCGACAAUACGACCCUGCCAUCCUGAAGAUGCAAGGACGACCGCCAAGCCUUACGCCACAAGUAGGAGUACCACAACUUCUACCACGACAACUACUACUACUCCAGCUACUACGACAACGACAACUCCAGCUACUACGACAACUCCAGCUACUACAACAACGACAACAGAAGCCACUACAACAACAUCAACGGAACCUUCUACAUCAACAUCCACAGAAGCUUCUACAUCAACAUCCACGGAAUCUUCUACUUCAACAUCCACAGAAGCAACUACAUCAUCAUCCACAGAAACUUCUACAACAACAUCCACAGAAGCAACUACAUCAACAUCCACAGAAACUUCUACAACAACAUCAACGGAACCUUCUACAUCAACAUCCACAGAAGCUUCUACAUCAACAUCCACAGAAGCUUCUACAUCAACAUCCACAGAAGCAACUACAUCAACAUCCACCGAAACUUCUACAACAACAUCAACGGAACCUUCCACAUCAACAUCCACAGAAGCUUCUACAUCAACAGCCACUGAAGCUUCUACAUCAACAACCACAGAAGCAACUACAUCAACAUCCACCGAAGCUUCUACCUCAACAUCCACAGAAGCUUCCACUUCAACAUCCACAGAGGCGUCUACAUCAACAUCCACAGAAGCUUUUACAUCAACAACAACAGAAGCUUCUACAUCAACAUCCACAGAAGCUUCUACCUCAACAUCCACAGAGGCUUCUACAACAACAACCACAGAAGCAUCUACAUCAACGUCCACAGAGGAUUCUACAUCAACAUCUACUGAAGAUUCUACAUCAACAUCCACUGAAGAUUCUACAUCGACAUCCACGGAAGAUUCUGCAUCAACAUCCACUGAAGAUUCUGCAUCAACAUCCACUGAAGAUUCAAUAUCAACAUCCACGGAAGACUCUGCAUCAACAUCCACUGAAGAUUCUAUAUCAACUUCCACGGAAGAUUCUACAUCAACAUCCACAGAAGAGUCCACGUCAACAUCCACAGAGGCAUCUACAUCUACAUCAACAUCCACAGAAGCUUCCACUUCAACAUCCACCGAAGCUUCUACGUCAACUACCAGAGAAGCAUCUACAUCAACAUCCACAGAAGCUUCCACUUCAACAUCCACCGAAUCUUCUACAUCAACAUCCACUGAAGCUUCGACAACAACCUCAACUUCAACCACAACAACCGAGGCUGUCACAACCACCGCUGCUGCUGCUGCUAGAGCUGCUGCCGCCCCUACUGCUACUGCUGCCAAUGCGGUUACGAUUGAGGUCACAGAUGCGAAUGGCCAAAUUCGGCGAAUUGCGCUAGCCGGCGUGGUGACGGAUACAGAAACGGGAGAGCCAAGCUGUUCGCCUGUGACCGAUAUUCUGGUGACCACUGGAUCGACGGUUGUGCUCCAGUUCUCCGGCUGCAUUCUGGAAGAGGGUUCCUUAAAGAGCACUAGGAUUACAGCGAGCACUGCAGCUACCACAACUUCAGCCGCACCCAAAAACAUGGAUGGAUAUGGCACGAAUAAGAGUCCGUACUAUCAGUGGUACGGAUCCUCCGUCCAUGUCCUCCAAUAUUAA